AUGGUUCUAGAAGUACAGUCACAUAAGUCACAUCAACAGCAACGAUUGCCUUUAGUAUUGCGUAAAAACGAAGAUGUCAUUGUCAUGUGGAUUAACUCUCGAGACUCCUAUGGCGAUGACGAUUGGCAGCACCACCAACAACUGUCAGACGAUGAUAUUCAAAAGUCUAUCAAAGAAUUACAUCUUCUACUUAAGCAUCUGGAAAUAUUUAAUACGCUUGAACAGUAUAUGAACUUUAUGUCAACACUAGGUUUCAAUGAGGAACUAUUCAUUAUUGUUUCGGGUUGCAGCUAUUGGCUUACACGUGUUAUUCCUGCACUUUCUCGUCUAACUCAACUUGGUGCCAUACAUAUAUUUUGCUCUCAAAAACAAAAAGAUACGGACGAAAACAAAAAGUUGUUGUUCGACAACGACGAUAAAGUUCGUGGUGUCUUUACUGAUAUUCUUCAAAUAUGUGAUCAGUUAAGAAAAGAUAUAAUACGUUCAUCGCUUGCUCUGUCUAAAGAAAUUAAGCGAUAUGUAGGGAGAGAAGAUGAAGCUAGACAGGAACCAACGUUCAUGUAUGCGCAACUGUUUAGAGAUAUUCUAUUAGAAAUGCCGUCCACAGACGAAAGUAAACGGGAAAUGAUUGAAUUCUGUCGAAGAGAAUAUGCUAAUGAUGCAGCACAGCUACUUAUUAUAAAUCAAUUUGAAUCUAGUUACCGUGAUUCGACAAGGGCAAUUUGGUGUAAUGACAAGAACAUUGCACUAAGUUUUGCAAGGGAUUCACUUGAAAAGUUGAAUACAGUUAGCGUUAUUCUACAGAUAGAAGUCGAUAUUAAGAAAUGUAAAACACCAUUUACAAAUGUCAGCCAUCAAAGUGAGUUCAAACAUGAACAAGAAAUCAUAUUUACAAUAGGAACUGUAUUUCGUAUCAAAUCAAUUGAACAACAUAUUAGUGGAAGUUUUCUAAUUAGCCUAACACUUAAUGACGAUGAAGAUAAGGAACUUCGUUAUCUAAUUUCACAAAUGAGAAAUAGUUUAAGUACAUCAGUUCCUUUAUUCAACAUGGGACACUUAAUGUUUAAAAUGGGUCUGUAUGAUAAAAGUGAACGAUUUUAUCAAUUAGCACUGAAUGAGACAGCUAUUAAAGACAAUCGGACAGCAUUAUCUUCGGUAUAUAAUAAUCUUGGAAUGAUCUACGAUAAAUUAGAAAACGUUGAUAAAGCAAUUGACUACUACAAAAAAGUAGUUGAUAUGGCCUUAGACCGCAAACGAAGUGGUGAAGCUCUCGAAAAUAACUUAACUGUGACAUAUACUAAUAUAGGGUCACUUUACUAUAAAUAUAAAAAUGAUUAUGACACUGCAUUAGAAUAUUUUAAUCUAGCAUUAGAACUCGAUCUUCAUACUCCAACACCACAUCAGAGUAGCAUUGCAAUUGAUUAUAAUAAUAUUGGAAUGGUAUACGCUGAGCAACAGCGUUACUCAGAAGCAUUAGAAAUGUAUGAAAAAUGUCUUACUAUUCAACUGGAUUUACUUAACCUCAAUCGCCCAGCAAUUGCAAAUAGUUACAGUAAUAUUUCACAGGUAUAUCGAGCACAGGGUGAUUAUAAAAUAGCAAUUGAAUAUUUGAAUAAAGCACUUGAAAUAAGUCUUCAAACACUACCACCCUAUCAUCCAGAUUUAGCUAAAACCUACAAUAAUUUGUCUUUGGCACUGUACAAAGAUGGUCAGGUGAAAGAAGCUUUGGAAUAUAUGAAAAAAUCAAUGGAAGUUAAUUUGAAAACUCUACCGAGUGAUAAUCGAACUGUUGUAGAAGUUCGAAAAUGGAUUGCUAGAGUAGAGGAAGAAUUAUUACUUGGACAGAUACAAAUGUAA